AUGAACCCGAUACUCAGUCAUGACGUGGAAAAGCGGGCGGGAGCGAUAGAUCCUCCGCUCGUCGACGAAACGGGCGCUGUCCUAGCAUCGAGCUUCGAAUAUGGAAACUCGGUUUACGCAAAGCUGCAGAGGCUCGGUGGAAAGAUCAAGGUGGAACAGCGAGGAAUUGAACGUGUCCCGGAGGACGAGAGAACCGACAGUUCCUAUUGGAAUGUUGGAUCAAUGUGGCUCGCUGCGAAUAUGGUUGUCCCCUCAUUCACGAUCGGGAUCCUUGGUAGACCUUUGUUUGCUAUGGGAUUCGUGGAUGGGGUGCUGGUCAUUAUCUUCUUCAACUUCAUUGCCGUGUUAACGGUGUGCUUUUUCUCCACUUUCGGUGCUGCCUUCGGUUUGCGGCAGAUGGUGCUUUCUCGUUUCUGGUUUGGUUGGUGGGGUGUUAAGCUAAUCGCUCUAUUCAAUGUAUUGGCAUGUGUCGGAUGGGCAGCUGCAAAUAUCAUUGUCGGGGCCCAGUUGAUUAAUGCAGUCAACCCACAAGUACCGGGAUACGCAGGAAUUCUAAUAAUCGCAUUCUGUACCCUCCUCGUUGUUUUCUUCGGCUACCAAGUUGUGCACGCCUACGAAUACUGGAGCUGGAUCCCAACUUUUAUCGUCUUCCUCGUGGUACUGGGUGUAUUCGCACACUCAGGCGAUUUUGUCAACAUCCCAAUGGGAACGGGAAAAGCAGAGCUUGGAGCUGUACUAUCAUACGGAUCGACAGUUUUCGGCUUCGGCACCGGCUACACCAGUUUCGCCGCCGACUACACUGUCUACCAACCCAGCAACCGUCCACGUCGCAAUGUCUUCCUCGCAACAUGGCUGGGUAUUUUCCCAACCCUGCUUUUCACCGAGCUACUAGGAGCGGCCCUCGCGACAGCCAUGGCAAUCAACGGAGGUGACAAUGCAUACCAACAAGGAUACACCGACUCAGGCGUGGGUGGCCUCCUAGGCGCACUCCUAUUCCCCCGUAUAGGAGGAUUUGGCAAGUUCUGUGUUAUUAUCCUCGCCUUAUCUAUUGUUGCCAAUAACUGUCCCAAUAUUUACUCAGUCUCGCUGACGCUGAUGGUCAUGGGCCGGUGGACGCGUCAUAUUCCGCGUUUUGUGUGGACGAUUGUUGCUUCGGCGGCUUACAUUGCAAUCGCAAUUCCGGGAUAUAGUCAUUUUGAGGCCGUGCUGGAGAACUUCAUGCACUUCAUUGGUUACUGGCUGGCGAUCUAUGAGGCGAUUGCGCUGACAGAGCACUUUGUAUUUAGACGUGGCUUUUCCGGGUAUCGGCCAGAGGACUAUGACAAUCGGGAUGCUCUUCCACCGGGAAUAGCGGCGCUGUUGGCUUUCUGUUGUGGGGUUGUGGGAAUGGUAGUUGGAAUGAGUCAGUCGUGGUAUAUUGGGCCGAUUUCUAAAAGCGCGGGAAUCCCAUCUAUUGGAGGUGAUGUCGGAUUUGAGUUGGGAUUCGCAUUUGCCGCGGCUUCUUAUUUGGUUCUGAGAACUGUUGAGAAGAGAAUCUUCAAGCGGUGA